AUGCUAGCCAUUCUGCAGAACCUCUCGAAGUGUAGUAAGGACCAGCUGGCUGCAAUGACUGCGGUCCUAACCAAUAUGGGUAAGGGGGCAAGUUCGUCACCGACAGCGGCAGCUGCGGAGCCCAUAGCAAAAAAGACGGCAUCUUCGACCCUCACCCCUGAGCAGAAAGAGCUUAUUCAGCUGAGGAAGAAGGUAUUGGAGCUGGAAGUUCGUAACCUGAAUCGAGAAUGGAGUGUGGAGGAAAUAACCCCUGUUCGAAUCAUCCCGGAGAAGCGAGUCCCACGCAGCAGGUCACCGACCUCAGAGCGAGGACCUAGCCUGGAGAAAGACAAACGAGUGCGAAUCCAGGUUGUUCCAAAUGAUUCCCCAUUUUGCCGGGAGAUUCUAGAGGAACCAAUGGAGAAAGUAAAGAUGCGAAGCUGUAGAUACAACGGAACCACAACACCCGAAAGCCACAUGUCAGCUUUUAAUAACCAUAUGGUACUUUACACUAUGACAGACUCAGUAUGGUGUAAAGCUUUCCCGCCGACCCUGGAGGGUCUGGCAGCGGAGUGGUAUGGGGCCAUUCCCAAAUGUUCCGUAUACUCGUACAGCCAGUUGAAGAGAAUGUUCAUGGAGCAUUUCAUAACCCUGGUAGACCGAACCAAGAUGACAACCGAGCUGAUGUCGUUGGUUCAAGGGAAAGACGAGCCCUUGAGGGAGUUCAUCACCAAAUUCAACAAGGAGGCAGAAACCAUCCCAAAUAUGAGCCAGGAGGUAGCACUACUAGCAAUGAAGAGUGGCUUAUUACCAAGAUCACCGUUCAGAGCGUAUAUGGGGCGAAAGAGCCUCAAAAAACUUGCUGAAGCGCACGAGUUCAUCACAGUAGACGAGACUGAUAGAGAAAUGCUGGGCAGGAAAGCACCUGGUGACCCAGUUAAGCGACUAGAGGUCACCCGGGCAGAGAACACACCCAAGGUGGACCAACCGAGCAAGGAUGAGCAAACCCGCAGAGAAGCAGACAAAUUAGUAGAACUAAGAAGGUCUGGGAGGUUUGACCAAUAUACCCCAUUAACCCAUUCCAGGUCUCAUAUAUUCAGCGUGAACAAAGCUGAUGACAAGUGGCAGAGACCCCCUAGGAUGGUUAACAGAAAUCGUGAUACCAGCAAGUGGUGUGACUUCCAUAGGGACCAUGGACACACCACUGAAGAAUGCACGCAUCUGAAGUACAACAUAGAAGACUUGGUUAGGAAAGGGUACUUGAAUCAGUUUAAGUAG